AUGAGAAGCUCACAAAGCAAUACAGGACUCCAUCCUCUUCCAACAACCGCUCAGCUCCCACUUUAUUGCAUCUUUUGCCGCAGAACCUCACACAGAUCCAUCGACUGCAGAACAACGUCAUUCUACAUCCAUCGGAAGAAUCGUGCCCGCUCCAAUGGAUACUGUACCAAGUGCAUCCAACCGCUGAUUCAAUCUGACGCAGGUCACCACUUGACCUGCACGGAGCCGAAAGUCUCGUGCGCCCACUGCCACGAGCACUCGGAGAAUCAAGCCAAAUGUGGUCACAACGAGGUAUUCUGCCCGCUUCAAUUUGGCAAAAAACCGGAAAAGGCCACCGGGGCCGGGAACAACUCCAACAAACGCGCUAGGACUGCUUCACCAACCGCUGUCAAGGCAGACGCUAAGCCAGAGGACUCGGAGGUUGAGACCAAACGUUCCAAAACCCAACCGCUCGCCACUGUUCCGGCGGUACAGGGUACGGAAAUCACAAUAGAUUGAGCCCGUCGCCUUUCUAUUUCAUCAUCUCACCACACAAGGACUGUACCCCAUUGUUGAUUUAAUUUAUUUUAAUUGUUGUCUCCCCGUUACCCAAUUAUCCAAAAAUUUGUUCAUCACCCGCUAAAAAUCUCAUAAUACUCGUCUCACCCCCUUUGUUCUUAACAGUCUCUGUGAUAGCCAGAGGCGGCUGUUCCAUCGCUAUCUUUCACCCCAAUAAACC